AGAAUAAAGGAGGCAUGUGUUUACAUUGGGGGAGGUCAUAGUUCAUUCACCAUUACAGUGGAGGCUGGAAUGCAGACCUACUGUUCAGCAAAAGGGACAACAAACUAAGCGCCACCUUCUAUAUUUAACCAUCUUUUUUGUUCGUUUUUUUCUCCACGUGAAAGUUCCCCUCGAUACUUUCCAACAUGUGUUUUGCGUUUUCAGACCGAAUCAAGAAAAUGUAAAGAAUCCACGCCAUAAGGAGUGGUUGGGUGGAGGGGGUUGAGCUUCUGUGGUGCUGUUGGUGGCCCCAUUUAUCAUAUCUCCGCCCUCCAGUGUUCCUGCUCCCAUGAGGGCGGCUCUUUAAAUUGGCCAAAAAUCUCCUCCUGGCUCGCGCCUUUUUUCUUUAUCUUCACGAGACCAGACGCACGUGCUGCAUCCAGGACACCGUUGGAAUAAUCUUCUUAUCCUGCUGGUUCCAAGAGCUAAAGUAAGCAUGAGCGACAAGGGAACCGUCUCGCCGAAAGAGAAAGAGGCGGCAGAGAAGAGAGGGCGUGGAAGACCCCGUAAGCAGCCCCAGGAACCGAGCGGAUCCCCGACUCCAAAGAGGCCCAGAGGACGACCAAAGGGCAGCAAAAACAAGGCGGCCGGCAAGGGCAAAAAGGCGGCAGCAGCUCCAUCUUCAGGAGGGAAACGCAGAGGAAGACCUAAGAAAGAGGAGAAGGAGGAAAAGGCAUCCCAAGAGUCAUCCGAGGAAGAAGAGGAGGAGGAGGAG